GAUACUUGCUUCCCGGCGAGUGUGGGGAGCGAACACCCCGGGGCAAGAUGGCGGUGGGUCUGUGGCUGAUGCCCCGGGUCUGGCAGAACUCGGGGAUACUGGGCUGAGGCGGUGGGAGUUGCAGCCCGGACCCCGAGCGCGGGGCCUCGAGUGGAUAAAGAUCUACGGUCUGCGGGUAGGUUUGUGUGAGUUUGCCAACAUGUUCACUGUAUCUCAGACCUCGAGAGCAUGGUUUAUCGACAGAACCCGGCAGGCACGAGAAGAAAGGCUGGUUCAGAAGGAACGGGAGCGCGCAGCUGUGGAGAUCCAGGCCCACGUGCGGAGUUUCCUGUGUCGGCGUCAACUGCAUAGAGACAUCAGGAAGGAGAUUGAUGAGUUUUUACAAGGCGGUGACUCUGAGUCCAGUAAAAGAAGUGCGCUUUAUAUUUUUAAGAUUGCCAGGAAACUGCUGUUCUUAUUCAGAAUUAAAGAGGAUAAGGAGAGGUUUGAGAAGUUGUGUCGUUGCAUCCUGAGCAGCAUGGACGCUGAGAAUGAGCCUAAGGUGUGGUAUGUGUCCCUGGCUCUUUCCAAGGAUCUUACUCUCCUGUGGAUUAAACAGAUCAAGUCUCUUCUGUGGUAUUGCUGUGAGUUUCUUCAGCAGCUGAAGCCUGAAAUCUUACAGGACUCCAAACUCAUCACACUGUACCUUACCAUGCUUGUCACCUUCACAGACACUUCCACAUGGAAAAUUCUCCGAGGGAAAGGAGAGAACCUUCGACCUGCCAUGAACCACAUUUGUGCAAAUAUAAUGGGACAUCUCAAUCAGCACGGAUUUUAUUCUGUGUUGCAGGUAUUGUUGACCCGAGGCCUGGCCAGAUCCCGGCCUUGUCUAUCCAAAGGCACGUUAACAGCAGCCUUUUCUCUAGCAUUGCGCCCUGUGAUUGCUGCACAGUUUUCAGACAAUCUGAUUCGGCCAUUCCUCAUCCACAUCAUGUCUGUGCCUGCCCUCGUGACUCACCUCAGUGCAGUGACCCCCGAGCGUCUCACUGUUUUAGAAUCUCAUGACAUGCUUCGUAAAUUCAUCAUAUUUUUAAGAGAUGAAGAUCGAUGUCUUGACAUAUGUGAAAAUUUAGAAGGAUGCCACACACUGUGUGUAAUGGGCAACAUCCUACAGCUGGGCUCCCUCAGCCCCCAGGUGUUAGAGGAGGAGACAGACGGGUUUGUGAGCUUGCUCACCCUGAUGCUGUGCUACUGUCAGAAAUACGUGUCCCAGAAGAAAUCCAACCUGACCCACUGGCACCCUGUCCUCGGCUGGUUCUCCCAAUCUGUGGAUUAUGGCCUCAACGAGUCGAUGCACUUGAUCACCAAACAGCUGCAGUUCCUGUGGGGAGUGCCUCUCAUCCGCAUCUUCUUCAGUGACAUCCUGAGCAAGAAGCUGCUGGAGCACCAGGAGCCAGCGCCCGCGCAACCAGCAUCCCCACAGAAUGUGCUUCCGGUGAAAAGUCUACUCAAGCGUGCAUUUCAAAAGUCUGCAUCAGUUCGGAAUAUUCUCAGGCCUGUCGGGGGCAAGCGCGUCGACUCUGCAGAGGUCCAGAAGGUUUGCAACAUCUGUGUCCUCUACCAGACCUCGCUGGCGACUCUGAGCCAGAUCCGCCUGCAGAUACUUACAGGUCUCACUUACCUUGAUGACCUGCUGCCCAAACUAUGGGCAUUUAUCUGUGAGCUGGGGCCCCAUGGGGGGCUAAAGCUCUUCUUGGAAUGCCUGAACAAUGACACUGAAGAGUCCAAGCAGCUCUUGGCCAUGCUGAUGCUGUUCUGUGACUGUUCCCGACACCUCAUCACGAUCCUUGAUGACAUUGAAGUUUAUGAAGAACAAAUUUCAUUCAAACUGGAAGAGUUGGUCACCAUAUCCUCUUUUCUGAAUUCUUUCGUGUUUAAGAUGAUCUGGGAUGGAAUCGUAGAGAACGCCAAGGGUGAGACCUUGGAGCUGUUCCAGUCCGUCCACGGGUGGCUGAUGGUGCUGUAUGAGCGGGACUGCCGGAGACGCUUCGCCCCUGAGGACCACUGGCUGCGAAAGGAUCUCAAACCUAAUGUGCUCUUCCAAGAACUCGAAAAGGACCGAAAACGCGCCCAGUUGAUCCUGCAAUACAUCCCUCAUGUCAUUCCUCACAAAAACAGAGUUCUCCUAUUCCGAAACAUGGUUACCAAGGAAAAGGAAAAGCUGGGGCUUGUGGAAACCAGCUCCGCCUCCCCUCAUGUCACUCACAUUACUAUUCGUCGGUCCCGGAUGUUGGAGGACGGCUACGAGCAGCUGCGGCAGCUCUCCCAGCACGCCAUGAAGGGCGUGAUCCGGGUGAAGUUCGUCAAUGACCUCGGGGUAGACGAGGCUGGCAUCGAUCAGGACGGCGUGUUCAAGGAGUUCCUGGAAGAGAUCAUCAAGAGGGUGUUCGACCCAGCACUCAAUUUGUUCAAGACAACCAGCGGGGACGAGAGGCUGUACCCGUCUCCCACGUCCUACAUUCACGAGAAUUACCUGCAGCUCUUUGAGUUUGUGGGGAAGAUGCUGGGAAAGGCUGUGUACGAGGGAAUUGUGGUGGAUGUGCCCUUUGCCUCCUUCUUCCUGAGCCAGCUGCUUGGGCACCACCACAGCAUCUUCUACAGCUCCGUGGAUGAGCUUCCUUCUCUGGACUCAGAGUUCUAUAAAAACCUUACCUCCAUCAAGCGCUAUGACGGGGACAUUGCUGACCUGGGCCUGACACUGUCCUACGAUGAGGAUGUCAUGGGUCAGCUUGUUUGCCAUGAACUGAUUCCUGGAGGGAAGACCAUUCCUGUUACAAAUGAAAAUAAAAUUAGCUACAUCCAUCUGAUGGCGCAUUUUCGAAUGCACACUCAAAUAAAAAAUCAGACAGCUGCCCUCAUUAGUGGAUUCCGUUCCAUCAUCAAACCCGAGUGGAUCCGAAUGUUCUCAGCCCCUGAGCUGCAGCGUCUCAUCUCUGGUGACAACGCCGAGAUUGAUCUGGACGAUUUAAAGAAGCACACGGUGUACUAUGGUGGCUUUCACGGGAGUCACAGAGUCAUCAUCUGGCUCUGGGAUAUUCUGGCCUCCGACUUUACGCCUGAUGAGAGAGCCAUGUUUCUGAAGUUUGUGACCAGCUGCUCCAGGCCUCCACUCCUGGGAUUCGCCUACCUCAAGCCGCCGUUCUCCAUCCGCUGUGUGGAAGUAUCUGACGAUCAGGACACUGGGGAUACCCUGGGCAGUGUCCUCCGGGGCUUCUUUACCAUUCGCAAGCGAGAGCCAGGCGGCCGUCUGCCCACCUCCUCCACCUGCUUCAAUCUGCUCAAGCUGCCCAACUACAGCAAGAAAAGCAUUCUCCGGGAGAAACUGCGCUAUGCCAUCAGCAUGAACACAGGCUUUGAGUUGUCUUAGCUCUGGCCUGACCCGUCUACGUGCCCUCCAGGCUCCUCGAGACAGCUAGGAGCAUGGCCAACGUGCCGGAAACAUCAGCCCCCAGACCUCUCUAUAGCCAUGAAACUCCCCUGUGGCCUCGAGGGCCGUAGAUGCGCAUGACAGCGCCACACAACCUUCCCCAGGUGAUAGCAGUUGGAAGGAGGUGUUGAUAAUAAACCUCCGGGUUCCACCCACAUUCGUCCUUUUUUCCCACUUUCCAGUGGCCUAAAGCCUAGGCCUGGCAAAUGUAAAGAGGCCACUUUUGGAUAGUUGGGGCUUUGUGAGUGUCUUCCUUUGACCAGAGUGAGCUGGUCCCUGGAACCACAGGAGCCUGGAGUGGUUCCAUGGUGUGGCUCUGAGCGCACAAAGCCCGCUCCACAUGGAUCCUCUCCUUCCUUUCUGAAAACUUCACUCAGGUAAGGCCUCGCCAAGCCUCUCUGCACCCGACAGUCUCUGCCUCCGUCCCAUCGACAGUGGCCUCUUCCCAGGCAGCCAGGCCCAACUGAUAGCCAGGGAGGCCGCGGAGCACCAGAAGCUCAGGACGCUGUUCUCACUGCGAAGCCGCGGGUUCCACGCUGGCAGCCUCCUUUCUGAGUCCUCAGCAGGCCGAGCUGCAGGGACCCUAUCCCAUGCAUCCACGUUGCACCCUGGUGUGGGAGAAGAGCUCACUUGCUGGCCCCAAGGAGCAGCUCCAGCUCCAGCUGCACUCUGACCGCUACCCGGAGCAGCGACUCCUUUUCUUGGCUUGUUUGCCCCACUCAUCUAUCAGAACUGGUCAGUGGCUUUAUUCCAUGAAUCUUGGGGCUCCCCGCCCUCAGCACAAAGCACCUGGGAGCCCUUGCACUGACAAGCUCAGGCGGCCAAGGAGACCCACGUGUACCCUCGCUGCCUCGGCACUGGCUGGUUCUCAUUUCAGUUUUUACCCCGUUUCCCCUUCCAGACUCUUGUGCUUUUCUCUGCCAUGUAUUUUCCCCUUUCCUGAAAACCUCGUCCAGAUCCAGGGAAUUGAGGCAGGGCGCGUUGGUGUCUUUGAUGACUGCCACCCUCCCCUCCUCGUGCACCUCAGUUAUCUCUGCCUACCUGAAGCCAGAGAAAAAGCCAGGAGUGUCUGCUCCUUCCUCUACUCUGUGCCACAGGCUCUGGACUUACAGCGCUCUCGGAAGCCCCGCCUUAGAGCCUUCCUGUCGGCAGGAAGCAGAGCACGCAAGGACGGCCUGCCACCCACAUCGGAGGCCUCAGCUGAGUCCCAGUGAGGGCCGAGGCCCGGGCCCUGAAGACAGGAUAAUGUUAAGAUACACUAGUAGCGCCUGCUUCUGUGGCCUUGCCACAUACUUUAAACACUCGACUCCUUUAAAGAUGCGUGCUGACCAUGGUGUGCACAGUCUGCACAUCGCUUCUGAGCCCUGUUAGCUCAGGGCCUGCACAAAGAUGAGUCCCAUCUUGAUUUUUCUUACCUGAGAAGGGCAGCCAGUGGGGAUCUGGGGGAGGAGUGGUUUAUAAGCACCAAUAUCAACUUUACCGAUUCCUUUUCUUGCCCAGGAGAGGUAGUUUAUCACAGCAGCUGUGAUAUUGCACUAUCUAAAACACUGAGUAUACUUUUAUAGCUGGUGUUCACUGACACCAUGAUGGCUCUUGAUGGCUCUAAAAAGUUGUGGGGUUUUUUGUCUUUGUAGAUAACUUAUGAAUAAAGACAUGUCAGAGGCUUUAUUAAAUUUGUACUGAAGCACA